AGGUAAGUUUGCGUAAUUCACUAAGGGCCGAUUUUUCAAUCAUCAGAUAAAAUGCCUAAUAACUAUUCUAAGGAAUAACGUUAUUGGACUGUUUAUACAGACGAAUAGAUGCUCGUCGAUUUUUCAUUAGUAAUUUAUUGCAUGAAUAACGUUUUGAUCCAAUAUUUCAACUCUAGCAUUUUAAGCUUUUGAGAAGUGAAACAAAUAUAUCGCUAAGCAAUGCAUUAGACAGAGACAGACUUUUUUCUAUCCUGUCAAAUUAUCCGUCUAUAAUUUUUAGGUUAAAAAUAGCCAGUUCAGUUUGAGUUGUUUUUGAUUUUGUGAAAAACAUAAAGUAAAAUAAUGGAAAACAAAAAACGAGAGCGCUCAGCCAAUUUUGAUUCUGCUGAAAUUCAGCUCCUAAUUAAUUUAGUGGCAAAAUUUAAAAAUAUUGUUGAAAAUAAAAAAACUGAUGCCGUUACUAAUAAGGAUAAGGAGGCAGCCUGGAGGCAAAUAGAAGAGAAUUUUAACUCCUGUGGAGUGUCCACAAAUGCCCGAUCGUGGAAGACCCUCAAAUUGAAAUACGAGGGUAUAAAAAAAAACACAAAAAAGAAAUCUUCUCUGCAAAGGCAAGAGAUGUACAAAACUGGAGGAGGGCCUUCAAAAGCUCCAGAAUUCAGUGAAAUCGAUGAAAAGGUGCUUAGCAUCUGCUCGAACAUAACAGGACUUGAGCCACGUCACGACAGUGACACUAUUUCAAAAUCUACUCCUCUGGAAGAAGUUGAAGAUAGUAAUAUUAUUUUUGAAAUAGAAGAAAUACCAGAAAAUUCAUUCCAACCCCAUCCAGUAGUUGAUUUGGCCAUCGGGGAAAUUGUUGAGGACAAUCAAAAAGAAAAUAAUUGGGACAAAUGGCACCCAAAGGCUUUAAAAUCAAGGGUGUCCAAUGUAUUAAAACCAAAUGUCUCCAAAGCUAGUGUCACCGCCAAACUAGACAAAUUAAGCGAAGCUCGACUGGAGCUAGUACAGCUCCAAAUGAAGACUGCCAAACUUGAGCACCAGUUUAUGGAGGAGGAGCAUAAACUGAAAAUGUUGCAUUUAGCUAAUGAUGAGAGAAGAAAAGAAGAAUUACACUCAUUACAAUUAAAACAAAAUGGGUGUAAUUGUGGAGCAGUUCCAAAUACCAUGACUUAGAUUUUUGUUCAUUAUUUUGAAAAAUAAAAACUUGACUUUAAUAAAA